AUGCCAGUAGAAAUAGGAAGCUUCCAGAACCUAAGGAAUGAGUUCCUAAUGAAUAUGCAGAAAUUCCUAAACCACAUUCAAAGAACCAUACAACAGAUUGAAGGGGAGAUAAAGUUAGAGAUGCCAUCCUUAAUCCUUGAUGACGAUGCAAAUGACCUUGCUGCUGAUCGGGACGUGGUUGAAAUACUGGAACAGCUGGCUACAAACUGGCUUAAUCAAAUAUCCUCGGUAGACGAGCAACUGCAGAGAAAGACCCCCCAGGGGAAUGGCCCGUUGGCAGAGAUUGACCUCUGGCGCGAGAGAAACGCUACCCUGAGUGCCCUGACCGAGCAGCUAAGACUGCCCAUUGUCCAAAAGGUCUUGGAAGUGCUCGAAGUCGCCAACACUGGGAUUGUCGAAAGCUUGCAGAUCGUAAUCAACGAACUCUGCAAGCACCACGUGGAGGCAAGCGACAACGUGAGGUUCCUUUCUACCCUCGAGCGACAUUUAAAGAACUUGGCCCACGGCACCGGCUUCCACAUUGUCCUGGACACGAUCCCGUCGUUGAUGAACGCCUUGAGAAUGGUGUGGAUCAUCUCACGGCAUUACAACAAGGAUGAGCGGAUGAUCCCCCUCAUGGAGCGGAUCGCCUGGGAAAUCUCGGCAAGGGUCUGCAAAUCUGUGGACCUGCGGACUCUGUUCAAAGAAGACAGGCAGAUGGCAAAAGCCAAAAUGAUAGAUGCCAAACGGACCCUUGAAAUUUGGAAGACGUCUUAUUUCGACAUCCGUGCCAAAAUUGAAGCUUCGGGAAGGGAUGCGCGCUGGGAAUUUGACAGGAAGCGGUUGUUUGAAAAAACAGACUAUAUGGCCUCCAUUUGCCAAGACUUCUACGAUGUGUUACAGGUCAUACAGGAAUUUUACAACAUCUUUGGUCCUGAACUGAAAUCCGUCACAGGGGACCCGAAGCGCAUUGAUGAAGUCUUGAGCAGAGUGGAUGGCCUGGUGAGCCCGAUGGAGGCUCUGGUAUUCGAACCUUUCAACAUGAAAUGUUCUACUCAGUGGAGGCUUGUUAUGGAAAGCUUUAAAACAGAAGUUGUGCUCGAGCAGGUUAACAACAUCUUUGUCAGUAACCUCGCCAACCCUCCUCUGUGCAAGAAUCACCCUCCAGUGGCUGGAGCAAUUUACUGGGCACGGUCUCUUUUCUUCCGCAUCAAGCACACCAUUGUGCGAUUCCAAGAAGUGGAGGAGCUGCUGGCUAGUGACCAUGGGAAAGAGGUAAGACAAAGAUAUCUUGAGGUGGCAAAGAAGAUGAAAGAGUACGAGGAUCUGAAGUAUGACCAGUGGAGAGAUGCAACAGAAGAGAACCUCCCUACCCUGUUGAAAAAACCCCUCCUCGCUAGAACCCCGCGUGCUGACGAUGUGGAGAAAAAUACACGUUUCAUAGUCAACUUUUCUCCCAGACUUCGAGAGAUCAUCAAUGAAACGAAAUACAUGGAACAGCUGGGGUUUCCAUUGCCUGAGAUAGCAAGGAAUGUGGCACUACAGGAGGACAAAUUCCUUAGACAUACGGAUGGCAUAAAGCAGAUGUUGGAUCACUAUUACAAAUUAAUAGCAACACUGAAUUCAGCAGAGACCCAGCUUCUGGACGAACAGAUACAAGAGCUUUGGCGGGUUUUCAGAUCUGGCUACAAGAGGCUCAACUGGAACUCAUUAGGUAUUGGUGACUAUAUUGUCCGGUGCACACACGCCAUUGGGAAGUUUGAAUCACUUGUUCAUCAGAUUCACAAGAAUGCUGAAGACAUGACCAAUAAGCUUUUAUUAAUAGAAUCAACCAAUCUGUUCAAAAGGCCGCCUUCCACUGGUGAAGAUACACUUCCUGGGGUGAAGGAGUACUUUGAGUAUGUCAAGCAUGAGAGAGCCAGGGAUGUGGAGCACAUGGUUCGCAAGUACAUUGCCAUUGGCCCACUGCUGACGAAAAUGGAGGGGCUCAUCCUGAACACAAACACGGGCAGAUCCCCAAGGCUGGCUCAUUAUUACGCCUUUUGGGAGAAUAAAGUUUAUCAGAGCUUGACCAACUUAGUCCUCAAAAAUUUGCAGUCUUUCAAUGCAGCAGUGUUGGGAAAUACUCCACUAUUUCAAGCCGAAACAAUUUUGUCUGCUCCUGAAAUCAUUCUGCAGCCCAAUGCGGGUGAAAUUGAAAAAAUGUGCGUCCUCAGCAUCCGAGAUUGUGUGGAAGUAACUAAGCAAUUUGUCCGCUGGAUGCACGGCACCUGCAUUGACUGCCCGCCGCAGCACACCGACGACGAUGAGCUCAUUGUGGUGAGCUUCUUCAAUGACAUCUCCCAGAACACACACAUCAUCGAGCAGGCCAUCCUCAUCACCCAGAACAUGCACAAGCUGCUGGGCUCCCUCACCAAGUACCUCAACCGCUGGAAGAGGUACCGCCCGCUCUGGAAGCUCGACAAGGCCAUCGUCAUGGAGAAGUUCGCUGCCAAGAAGCCGGCCUGCGUGGUCUUCGAUGACAAGCUGCAGUUCUAUAUGAAAAUUGGCCAGGAAGUGAUGCAGCAGCUGCUGGUCAAGGACGAGCAGUGCCUCCGGCUGCUGCUCGGGCCUCUGGCCUGCACCGUGCAGGAGAACGCCAAAAGCUGGAUGAUGUCGCUCGGGAGGCUGCUCAACGAAUCGGCCAGAGAGGCGCUCUUCAGCCUCCAGGAGGAAAUUGAGAGAUUGUCACAGAACCUCAAGACAACUCCCAGCACACUGGAGGACCUCAAAUUUGUCCUAGGUACUAUUGCCGAGAUCAGACAAAUGUCUCUAGAAGUGGAACUCAAGUACUUGGAUAUUCAAGAGCGAUACCGUACCCUCGCAAUGUACAACAUUCCAGCAACAGAAGAAGAACUGGCGCUGGUGAAUAAUAUGAAGCAAAUGUGGGAAACACUUUUCACUGAAGCGUCAACAGUUGAUCACAGCCUUGGAAGUAUUAAAAAGACAUUUACUGAGAUUACACGGGAGCAAAUUGGAAACUUCAGUAAGGAAAUUGCAGAAUUCUACCACAGGUUUACUACCAAAGGGCCAGGUUCUGUUGGUGAGAAUCUUGACCAAGGGGUCGAACUUAUGAUUGUUUUUGAAAAAGAACUAGAGAAACAUGAGAAGAAUCGCCAGGAGCUGGCGAAUGCUGAAAAGCUGUUUGACCUUCCAAUCACCAUGUAUCCUGAUCUGAUGAAAGUCCAGAAGGAGAUGAAAGGCCUGAGGCAGAUUUAUGAUAUUUAUAAGCUGCAAAGAGCUGCUAAAGAGGAAUGGUCCCAGACUCUGUGGGUGAACCUCAAUGUGCAGGUUCUGCAGGAAGGGAUCGAAGGGCUUCUGAAAACCCUUCGGAAACUACCCAAACUCGUCCGCAGCAGUCCUGUCGCUUAUCACCUAGAAAUGAACAUGAAGGCGUUUAAGGAGUCCAUUCCUUUGCUGUUGGAUUUGAAGAACGAGGCGUUAAGAGAGAGGCACUGGAAGGAGCUGAUGGACCGAACCGGGACCCAUUUUGAGAUGGCAACAGAAACGUUCACUCUUGAGAAUAUGUUUGCUAUGGAGCUGCACAAACAUUCUGAUGUUAUCAUUGAGAUUGUGGGCUCUGCUGUCAAAGAGCUCAGUAUUGAGAAGGGCGUGAAGGAAAUAGUGGAAACCUGGGAGAUUAUGAAGUUUACGGUACAAAGGUACUUCAAAGGCACCCAAGAACGGGGCUUCAUUUUGGGAUCCGUCGAUGACAUAGUUCAGAUCCUGGACGACAACGCUGUCAACCUCCAAAGUAUUUCUGGGAGCAGAUUUGUAGGACCAUUUCUGGCAACCGUUCACAACUGGGAAAAAACUCUCUCCUUGAUUGGUGAAGUGAUUGAGGUCUGGAUGAUAGUUCAAAGGAAAUGGAUGUAUCUGGAGAGCAUCUUUAUUGGAGGAGACAUAAGAUCUCAGCUGCCCGAGGAAGCUAAAAAAUUUGACAACAUUGACAGGAUAUUUAAAAGGAUAAUGGCUGAAACAGUCAAAGAGCCACUGAUAAAGAAGUGCUGUGAAGCUCCAAACCGUCUUUCAGACCUACAGAAUAUAAGCGAUGGCCUGGAAAAGUGCCAGAAAAGCUUGAAUGACUAUCUGGAUUCUAAGAGAAAUGCUUUCCCCAGAUUUUUCUUCAUAUCUGAUGAUGAACUGCUUAGCAUUCUUGGCAGCAGCGACCCGCUUUGCGUGCAGGAACACAUGAUAAAGAUGUAUGACAACAUCGCCGCCCUGAGGUUUCAUGAAGAUGACAACGGCACAAAGAUCGCCUCCGCCAUGAUUUCGGCUGAAGGCGAAGUGAUGGAGUUCCGCAAGGCUAUAGCAGCUGAGGGCCGAGUAGAGAACUGGAUGACCGCCGUGCUGGUUGAAAUGAGGAGGACCAACAGGCUGAUCACGAAAGAAGCCAUCUUUCGGUACUGUGAGGACAGAAGCAGAGUUGACUGGAUGCUGAUGUACCAAGGCAUGAUGGUGCUGGCUGCCAAUCAGGUGUGGUGGACUUGGGAAGUAGAAGACGUCUUUCAGAAAGUGAAGAGGGGCGAAAAGCAGGCGAUGAAGAAUUAUGCCAAGAGGAUGCACCAGCAAAUUGACUCGCUAGUCACUCGGAUCACCAAGCCGCUAAGCAAGAAUGACAGGAAAAAAUACAACUCGGUUCUCAUCAUCGAUGUCCACGCAAGGGAUAUAGUUGACACAUUCGUAAGAGACAGCAUCAUGGAUGCCCGCGAGUUCGAGUGGGAAAGCCAACUGCGUUUUUAUUGGGACCGAGAGCCUGAUGAGCUCAAUGUGCGCCAGUGCACCGGCACCUUUUCCUACGGCUAUGAGUACAUGGGCUUGAAUGGGCGGCUGGUCAUCACACCGCUCACAGAUCGCAUCUAUCUAACACUCACACAGGCUUUGUCCAUGUACUUGGGUGGAGCCCCUGCAGGCCCAGCAGGAACAGGGAAGACAGAGACCACCAAAGAUCUAGCCAAAGCCCUGGGCUUGCUUUGUGUAGUCACCAACUGUGGAGAAGGCAUGGAUUUCAAGGCAGUGGGCAAAAUUUUCUCUGGCCUCGCGCAGUGUGGCGCUUGGGGCUGCUUCGAUGAAUUUAAUCGGAUCGACGCCUCUGUGCUUUCGGUCAUUUCCUCGCAGAUCCAGACUAUUCGGAAUGCUCUGAUGAACCAACUGAAAACAUUUCAGUUUGAAGGGCAAGAAAUUUCUCUGGAUUCUCGAAUGGGCAUUUUUAUCACGAUGAAUCCUGGCUACGCUGGCCGUACCGAGCUCCCUGAAUCCGUAAAGGCUCUGUUCAGACCUGUGGUUGUGAUUGUGCCCGAUCUCCAGCAAAUCUGUGAAAUCAUGCUGUUUUCGGAGGGGUUUCUUAUGGCAAAGACCCUGGCCAAAAAGAUGACAGUCCUGUACAAGUUGGCCAGAGAGCAGCUUUCUAAGCAGCACCACUACGAUUUUGGGCUUCGGGCUUUGAAAUCGGUGCUGGUGAUGGCUGGGGAGCUGAAGAGAGGGUCUCCAGAUCUCCAUGAGGAUGUGGUCCUGAUGAGAGCCCUGCGAGACAUGAACCUCCCUAAAUUUGUUUUUGAAGAUGUUCCUCUUUUCCUUGGGCUGAUCUCUGACCUGUUUCCUGGACUAGAUUGCCCUCGAGUACGUUAUCCUAAAUUUAACGAUGCUGUUGAACAGGUGCUGGCUGAAGGAGGCUACGUUGUUCUGCCGAUUCAGGUGGAUAAAGUUGUCCAAAUGUAUGAAACCAUGUUGACUCGUCACACCACGAUGGUGGUAGGACCAACUGGAGGGGGCAAGUCUGUGGUCAUCAAUACCCUGUGUCUUGCUCAGACAAAGCUAGGAUUGCUGACCAAGCUUUACACACUGAACCCCAAAGCCAUGAGCGUCAUUGAACUCUACGGCAUUCUAGACCCCACUACGCGGGAUUGGACAGAUGGCGUUCUGUCCAAUAUUUUCAGAGAAAUCAACAAACCCACUGACAAAAAAGAAAGGAGGUACAUUUUAUUUGACGGUGACGUGGAUGCUCUCUGGGUUGAAAACAUGAAUUCAGUGAUGGACGACAACAAGCUGCUGACCUUGGCAAAUGGGGAGCGAAUCAGGCUUCAGACUCAUUGUGCCCUUUUGUUUGAGGUUGGAGAUUUACAGUAUGCAUCACCUGCAACAGUAUCACGCUGUGGGAUGGUCUUUGUGGACCCAAAGAAUUUGAAAUACAAACCUUAUUGGCAGAAGUGGACGAACCAAAGGAACAACAAACAAGAACAGCUUCUGUUAGAUCGGCUGUUUGAAAAAUAUGUACCCUACCUGAUUGACAUGAUUGUGGAAGGAAUUGUUGAUGGCCGGCAAGGGGAGAAACAGAAAACCAUAGUUCCACAGACAGACCUAAAUAUGGUGACGCAGUUAAGUAGGAUGCUGGACGCUCUCCUAGAGCAAGAAAUUGAUGACCCCGACGUGCUGGAGUGCUACUUCUUGGAAGCUUUGUACUCCUCCUUAGGGGCCUGCCUCCUGGAAGCGGGAAGAUCAAAGUUUGAUGAUUUUGUGAAACGUCUUUCAUCCAUGUCGACCGUGAAUGAUGAGAUGGUUCUAGCCAAACCAGGAGAGUUGCCAGGACAGCUUCCGACUUUGUUUGACUUUCAUUUUGAAGGAAAGACGAAGAAAUGGGUGCCUUGGAGCAAAUUGGUCCCUGAAUAUGUUCACUCGCCUGACUUGAAAUUUAUCGACAUCCUGGUUCCUACAGUGGACACAACCCGCACCAACUGGCUGCUGGGACAGAUGGUCAAAAUCAAACACCCCGUUGUUCUGGUUGGAGAAUCGGGUACUUCAAAGACAGCGACAACACUUAACUUCCUCAAGAAACUAAACCCAGACACAAACGUGCUGCUGAUCAUUAACUUCUCCUCUCGUACAACUUCAAUGGACAUUCAGCGAAACAUGGAAGCAAACGUGGAGAAGCGGACUAAAGAAACCUACGGGCCCCCAAUGGGGAAGCGGCUCCUGGUCUUUAUGGAUGACAUGAACAUGCCUAGGGUUGAUGAAUACGGCACCCAGCAGCCUAUCGCGCUGUUGAAGUUGCUGUUAGAGAAGGGCGCUCUCUACGACCGGGGCAAGGAGAUGACCUGCAAGUACCUCCGUGACCUCGGCUUCAUGGCUGCCAUGGGCAAAGCCGGGGGAGGUCGGAACGAAGUGGACCCGAGAUUCAUUUCACUCUUCAGCGUCUUCAAUGUUCCUUUUCCGUCUGCGGCGUCUCUGCAUUUGAUCUACGCCUCCAUUCUAAGAGGUCACACUUGGUCUUUUAACGAAUUGAUUGCUGCAAUUGCUGACAAGUUGACAGACUGUACUUUGACACUGUACGACAUGAUAGUCCGGGAUCUUCCUCCAACUCCUUCCAAAUUUCAUUAUAUUUUCAACUUGCGGGAUCUCUCCAGGAUUUACAAUGGACUCGUUCAGACAACCUCGGAACGGUUCCAGACAGUGGCACAAAUGGUGAGAGUCUGGAGGAAUGAAUGUCUCCGGGUUUUCCAUGACAGACUGAUUAAUGAAGUAGACAAAAAUCUGGUCCAGGGCCAUAUAAAAACCUUAACCGAACAGCAUUUCGAAGAUGAUGUCGAGCAGAUUAUGAGAGAUCCUAUUCUCUUUGGCGACUUUAGAAUGGCCCUUAACGAAAGUGAGCCUCGUGUUUAUGAAGACAUCCAGGACUACGACGCAGCCAAAGCGCUCUUCCAGGAGAUUCUUGAGGAGUAUAAUGAAAUUAACACCAAAAUGAACCUGGUGCUGUUCGACGAUGCCCUCGAGCACUUAACCCGCAUUCACCGUAUAAUAAGGAUGGACCGGGGUCAUGCUUUGCUCGUAGGAGGCGCAGGAAAGCAAUCCCUAACGAGAUUGGCUUCUUAUACAUCAGGAUGUGAGAUCUUCGAAAUAGUACUGAGCCGAGGAUAUGGAGAAAGCAAUUUCCGGGAAGACCUGAAGUCUCUGUAUACAAAACUUGGGAUUGAGAAUAGGAUGAUGGUAUUCCUGUUUACAGACGCUCACGUAGCCGAAGAGGGAUUUUUAGAGCUCAUCAACAAUAUGCUGACAUCUGGAAUUGUUCCAGCCCUUUUCCCAGAUGAUGAGAGAGAAAAUAUUUUAGGUCAGAUCACAAGUGAAGCAAUGAAAGCUGGAGCUGCCCCAGCCAAAGAAAGCGUCUGGCAGUACUUUGUAAACAAGAGUGCCAACAACCUUCACAUUGUCCUUGGGAUGUCCCCAGUUGGAGAUACACUGAGAACACGCUGUCGAAAUUUUCCAGGUCUUGUCAACAACACGGGGAUCGAUUGGUUCUUGCCCUGGCCAGCUCAAGCACUGUAUGCAGUGGCUAAGUUCUUUUUGGGAGAGAAUCCUCUGAUACCAUCAGAAAAUACAGAUGCAGUGAUCGAACACACUGUCAUGGUGCAUGACUCUGUAGGAGACUUCAGCAAAAAGUUUCUACAGAAGCUCCGACGCAGCAACUAUGUCACCCCCAAAAAUUUCCUGGAUUUCAUUAACACAUAUGCCAAGCUACUGGAAGAGAAGAAUCUGUUCAUUUUGGCUCAGUGCAAACGUCUGGAGGGCGGUUUAGACAAACUUAAAGAAGCUUCAAUUCAGCUGGACGAGCUCAACCUGAAGCUGGCAGAGCAAAAGAUUGUGCUGGCCGAGAAAUCUGCUGCAUGCGAAGCCUUGCUUGCAGAGAUAGCAACUAACACAGCAAUCGCGGAGGAGAAAAAAAAACUGGCCGAAGAAAAGGCCAUCGAGAUAGAAGAGCAGAAUAAAGUCAUUGCCGUGGAGAAGAAGGAUGCAGAGACUGCCCUGGCAGAGGCCAUGCCCAUCUUGGAAGCCGCCAAGCUGGAGCUGCAGAAGCUCGACAAGUCUGAUGUCACAGAGAUCAGGUCCUUUGCCAAGCCCCCCAAGCAAGUGCAGACCGUCUGCGAGUGCAUCCUCAUCAUGAGAGGCUACAAAGAACUCAACUGGAAGACAGCCAAGGGGAUGAUGUCCGAGGCGAACUUCCUGAGAUCCCUCAUGGAAAUUGACUUUGAUAGCAUUUCUCAGCCCCAAGUGAAAUCAGUGCGAGGGCUGCUAAAAAACUUGAAUACUACUUUUGAAGAAAUGGAAGUUGUCAGCAGAGCCGGCUUGGGAAUGCUGAAAUUUGUUGAGGCCGUGAUGAGCUACUGUGAUGUUGCCAAGGAAGUCAAGCCUAAGAGAGAAAAGGUGGCUAGACUGGAACGGAAUUUCUUCUUAAGCAAACGCGAGCUAGAGAAGAUCCAGGCUGAGCUGUUGGCCAUUCAGAACGAGCUGAAAGCUCUGGGGGAUAAAUACGAGGCGGCCAUCCGGGAAAAGCAGCAGCUCCAAGAAGAAGCGGAGAUUAUGGAACGGCGGCUGAUCGCUGCCGACAAACUCAUCUCUGGCUUGGGAUCUGAAAACAUCAGGUGGACAAACGAUUUGGAGGAGCUGAAACGGCGGAGGGUGAAGCUGCUGGGGGACUGCCUGCUGUGCUCUGCCUUCCUGAGCUAUGAGGGCGCCUUCACAUGGGAGUUCCGGGACAAGAUGAUCAAGGGGGUGUGGCAGGAAGACGUGCGGACCCGAGACAUCCCUCUCAGCCAGCCAUUCCGAUUAGAGAGCCUAUUGACUGACGAGGUCGAAAUCAGCAGGUGGGGGUCUCAGGGUCUGCCUCCCGACGAACUCUCAGUUCAAAAUGGCAUUCUGACUACGCGCGCCAGCCGCUUCCCGCUGUGUAUCGACCCGCAGCAGCAAGCACUGAAUUGGAUCAAGAGGAAAGAAGAAAAAAACAACCUCAGGACGGCUUCCUUCAAUGACCCUGACUUCCUUAAGCAACUGGAAAUGGCCAUAAAAUAUGGGAACCCUUUCUUGUUCCACGAUGUGGAUGAAUACAUUGACCCAGUGAUCGAUAAUGUCUUAGAAAAGAAUAUCAAGUGUGCCCAGGGCCGAACGUUCAUCAUUCUUGGUGACAAAGAGGUUGACUAUGAUGCCAAUUUCAAACUGUACCUGAACACCAAACUUUCGAAUCCUCGAUAUUCUCCAGCAGUGUUUGGGAAAGCAAUGGUUAUUAACUACACAGUUACUCUGAAAGGUUUAGAAGACCAGCUUCUCAGCGUUAUCGUGGGGUCUGAGAGACGUGAGCUGGAAGAACAGAGAGAGCAUCUCAUCCAGGAGACUUUUGAAAACAAGAACUUGUUGAAAGAUCUGGAAGAUUCCCUCCUCCGUGAACUGGCAACUUCCACCGGGAACAUGUUGGACAAUGUAGACUUGGUGCACACUCUGGAGGAGACAAAAUCCAAAGCUAACGAGGUAUCGGACAAGCUCAAGCUGGCCGAAAGAACCGCAGCUGACAUUGACAAACUGCGAGACGGCUACCGUCCCACUGCCAAGAGAGGAGCCAUUUUGUUCUUCGUGCUGUCGGAGAUGGCCCUAGUUAAUACCAUGUAUCAGUACUCCUUGACCGCCUUUUUGGAUGUCUUCGGCCUCUCUCUUCGGAAAUCGAUUCCUGACACCAUCCUUGCCAAAAGGCUGCGAAACAUCAUGGACACGCUGACAUUCAACAUAUACAACUACGGCUGUACAGGCUUGUUUGAGAAACACAAGUUACUCUUCUCCUUUACCAUGACCAUCAAGAUUGAACAGGCUGACCACAGAGUCCCUCAGGAGGAACUGGAUUUCUUUUUGAAAGGCAACCUUUCUCUGGAGAAGAGUGCCCGAAAGAAGCCGUGUGCUUGGCUUUCUGAUCAAGGCUGGGAAGACAUAAUUCGUGUCGCGGAACUGUUUCCUGAAAAGUUUGGGUCCCUUCCAGAUGAGGUGGAGGAUAAUCCCGACGAUUGGAAAGCUUGGUACGAUAUCGAUGCCCUGGAACAAGCCCCGUUUCCCAUGCACUACGGAAAGAGCCUCACCAACUUCCAGAAGCUGCUGCUUUUGCGUUGCUUCCGGGUGGAUCGUGUCUAUCGCGCGGUGACUGACUAUGUCACUCUCACAAUGGGGGUGAAAUACGUCCAGCCUCCGGUGAUCAGCUUUGAAGCCAUCUUUGAGCAGAGCACCCCAAAUUCCCCCAUUGUUUUUAUCCUGAGUCCUGGCUCUGACCCUGCCAGUGACCUUAUGAAGCUAGCAGAACGGACGGGCUUUGGAGGGAAUCGGCUCAAAUUCCUGGCCAUGGGUCAAGGGCAGGAGAAGGUGGCACUGCAGCUGCUGGAGAAUGCCGUGGCGCGCGGGCAGUGGCUGAUGCUGCAGAACUGUCACCUCUUGGUGAAGUGGCUGAUCGAUUUGGAGAAGGCCCUUGAAAGGAUUGUCAAGCCGCAUCCGGAUCUCCGCUUGUGGCUGACGACAGACCCGACCAAGGGAUUUCCGAUUGGGAUACUCCAGAAAUCUCUAAAGGUUGUCACCGAGCCCCCCAAUGGGCUGAAGCUGAACAUGAGGGCCACCUUCUUCAAAAUUUCUCAUGACUCUCUCGACCAGUGCCCACACCCAGCCUUCAAGUCCUUGGUCUACGUCCUCGCUUUUUUCCAUGCCGUGGUCCAGGAGAGAAGGAAGUUUGGGAAGAUUGGCUGGAACGUGCCUUACGAUUUCAAUGAAUCCGACUUCCAGGUCUGCAUGGAAAUUCUCAAUACUUAUCUGACGAAAGCAUUCCAGCAAAACGAUGACAGAAUCCCAUGGGGGAGCCUCAAGUAUCUCAUUGGAGAGGUGAUGUAUGGUGGGCGUGCCAUUGACAGCUUUGAUAGGCGUAUUCUGUCCAUCUACAUGGAUGAGUAUCUGGGGGACUUCAUAUUUGACACCUUCCAGCCCUUUCAUUUUUUCUGCAACGACGAUGUUGACUACAAAAUCCCUGAAGGGGAUUCAAAGGACGAAUUUGUUGAAGAGAUUGAGUCCCUUCCUCUUGCUAACACUCCAGAAGUAUUUGGCCUUCACCCAAAUGCAGAAAUUGGAUACUACACACAGGCAGCUCGGGACAUGUGGUCACACCUUUUGGAUCUGCAACCCCAAACAGGUGAAACUGGUACCGGGAUAAGUCGAGAUGAAUACAUUGGGCAAGUGGCCAAGGACAUAGAGAACAAGAUGCCCGCCAUCUUUGACCUUGAUCACAUAAGGAAGUGUUUUGGGAUGGACAUUACACCGACCACGGUGGUGCUCCUGCAGGAACUGGAACGCUUUAACAAGCUCAUUAUUCGUAUGACCAGGUCACUGGCUGAGCUGCAAAGGGCCUUGGCUGGGGAGGUUGGAAUGAGCAAUGAACUGGACGAGGUGGCCCGGGCACUCUUUAAUGGGCAGAUCCCAAAUAUCUGGAGGAAGCUGGCCCCCGACACGCUGAAAACAUUGGGGAACUGGAUGAUCCAUUUUCGGAAUAGGCACAACCAGUACACGGCAUGGGUGGACGAGAGCGAACCCAACGUCAUGUGGCUGUCAGGGCUGCACAUCCCCGAGUCUUAUCUCACGGCACUUGUUCAGGCAACCUGCAGGAAGAACAGCUGGCCCUUGGAUCGCUCCACCUUGUAUACCCAAGUGACCAAAUACAGGACAGUUGACGAAGUCACUGAACGCCCAGGCCAAGGGUGUUUUGUUUCGGGCCUGUAUCUGGAAGGUGGUGACUGGGACCUGGAAAACGGCUGCCUCAUCAAGAGCAAGCCCAAAGUACUGGUUGUCGACUUGCCCAUUCUGAAGAUCAUUCCCAUCGAGGCCCAUCGGCUCAAGCUACAGAACACCUUCCGAACGCCCGUGUAUACAACAUCCAUGAGGAGGAAUGCCAUGGGGGUGGGCCUGGUUUUUGAAGCUGACCUUUUCACCACGAGGCAUCUUUCCCACUGGGUGCUGCAGGGGGUUUGCCUCACGUUGAAUGCUGAUUAG